AUGGUGCAUCGAGGGAGUGAGGUUGAUGUAGUUUUUGAUGACGUUCGAAUCAUCAACGAGUCGUAUGCAUUGUAUGGUGUGAACGUCAAAAUAACGCGAGCUGGUGAAAACAGUGUCAGACAGACGUUUGAGCAACAUGUAUUCAGACGCUAUUCAGAAUUCUGGGAUUUGAAAAAUAAAUUAGAGAAAGAAUUCCGAACAGAGCUGCCUUAUGAUCUACCAAAUCGUGGAUUUGGUUUAUGGUCGAAAAAUAAACUUUCAUCUGAAGUUAUCGAGUCACGGAAGAAUAAACUCGCAAAAUUCUUGCGCGAUAUGCUUAACGAUUCUUUUGAUACUAAGUGGAAAAAUUCACCUCUAGUGGCAAGCUUCCUUAAACUACCUGCUGGUUGGAAUGAAACUAAUGCACACGUAACCCCUAACCAAAUCGACGACAGAACUGAUCUGGAUUUAGGCGAUCCGUCUCAGUGGAUGAUAAGCUUCAGAGAUUCAAAGACACUUCUGUCUCAGUGUAAGAAGGACGGCAGCUCUGAUAAUACAAGAAAUUUAAUGAAACUACGAUUGUCCCUUUACCAGUUGGAAAAUGCACUUGACGCAACACGGCGUUCUCGGCUACUCAACGAAACAGAACUGAAUAGACGCCACAGCUUGCUGCAAGCACUAAAAUCAGAUAUUAAUGAAAUGGCCUUACACUCAGGUCUGGGUAAAAUCACCUCAAAUGAUGCAGUUGAUAUCGGCAACGAGAAGACAGUUUUAUUCACUGGUGUUGCAAAGCCGAAGUCUCCAAAAAAACCGUUAGCUGGUAGAAGGAGAAUCGGAGAAACUGAAGAAACACUGCAGCUGAAUAAGCAACAACUUUUGCAGCUUCAUAAGGACAAAAUUGCGGAGCAAGAUCAAGAAUUAGGGCAAAUGCAUAUGAUUAUUCAACGCCAAAAAGCACUCUCGCUCGAGAUGAACCAAGAAUUAUCUCAACAAAAUGAUCUCUUGGAUCUUCUCGGUAAUGACAUAGACAAUACUUCUUCGAAGUUACGCACUGCUAAUAGAAGAGCAAAACAAUUUAAUAGUGAUUGA